CACUGCCAAAUUUUCCAAACAAAAAUCAUCCGCACCGCCAGAGGCCAAGCGCGUUCUUUUGAAUUUUGAGAUCUGUUUUACGGUGAAAUUGCUUGAUAUUUUCGUUAAAUUAUCGUCAAAAUGUCAUACGAAGCAGCACACGAUGAUGGGCCAGGAUUUGUCGGUAUCCGUUUCUGCCAAGAGUGUAACAACAUGUUAUACCCGAAAGAGGACAAGGAAAACAAAGUUCUGCUAUACGCCUGCCGGAACUGCGACUACAAACAGGAGGCCGAUUCCAACUGCAUAUACGUGAACAAAAUUAUGCACGAAAUUGACGAAUUGACCCACAUAGUGCCAGAUGUGAUAUCGGAUCCAACGCUACCACGAACCGAGGAACACGCUUGUCCCAAGUGUGCCCACCGGGAGGCGGUCUUUUUCCAGGCGCAGACCCGGCGAGCCGAAGAGGAAAUGAGACUGUACUAUGUUUGCACCAAUCCGAACUGUUGUCAUCGAUGGACGGAAUGAAUUGUGCUAGGAAUUUGUUCUAUUUUCCUAAGUAAUCUGAUAAUCUAAUAAAGUAUAGUUUAUACUGUCUGACAAUUCAAAA